UUGUUGGGCUUCAGACGCUUGAAUGCAGUUAAUACAGUAGUCGGUUCCUCACCCACCACCACGACCUCCAUAAAUGUCCGUCGAAUUCACGGCCUCUUCUUCACUUCAAUUACACACUCACAAAACCUCAUCAUCCUCCUCCCCCGGUGCACAAUAGUGAAGGGCAAAAGCUGCAAAAAUGGCGAAGUCGUCUGAGCUGAAGUCCGAGGCCCUCCUGGAGCAGAUGAAGCUCCACCUCUCCUCCGACGCUGGCAAACAUCUCACCAAGAAGAUCGGCCUUGUUUAUCAACUCAACAUCGCUCCCAAGAAAAUUGGAUUCAACGAGGACAUCUAUGUUGUUGAUCUCAAGAAAGGAGAGGUCAAGAAAGGGCCAUACGAGGAUGGGAAGCCCGAUGCCAUCUUUUCUUUCACCGAUGAAGAUUUUUUCAAGAUUGCCUCUGGGAAGAUGAAUCCCCAAAUUGCUUUCAUGAGGGGUGCAAUGAAGGUUAAGGGCAGUCUGAGUGCCGCUCAGAAAUUCACACCUGACAUUUUCCCCAAACCUUCAAAGAUGUGAGCAGACUUGUCAUUGAAUUAUUCACUUAAGGUUGUUUUCGUGGUUUCUCAAACGUAUCAUUUGUAGACUGAAAUGUCAAUUAGAAAUGAUUAAAAUGAUCUAAACCCAUCCAUUAGUAUCUCUGAUAAAUGCCUCUUUAUUUAUGUAAUAUGGUACUCGCUAUAAGGCUGUUUUUCUAAAAGAAAUUUUAAAUUUAAAUUUGCAGUCUACAUUGCUAUCA